AUGCUGGAGCAGUCCAUUCAUCAAGGACUGUCCCCUGUGGAGAGGACCUGUACUGGAACAGUUUGUGAAGAACUGCAGAUUAAGGGAAGGACUUGUACUGGAGAAGUUCGUGAAGGACUACAACCCAUGGGAGGGACCAGUGCUGGAGCAGAGGAAGAGUACGAGGAGGAAGGAGUGGUGGAGACAAAGUGUUUAUGGGCUGACGGCAGUUCCCAUUCCCCUGUGCCACUGGGGGAGGUGGGGGCUAGGGAUUUAUCCAAGAAUAGAUUAACUGAGGUUCCUUCGGAAUUGUGCCAUUUCGUGUCACUGGAAACACUAAAUCUAUACCACAAUUGUAUUAAAAUUAUACCAGACGCCAUAGUAAAUUUGCAAAUGCUAACUUACUUAAAUUUGAGUCGAAAUCAGCUUUCUUCUUUGCCAGCUUGCCUGUGUGGCCUUCCUCUAAAAGUCUUAAUUGCAAGUAACAAUAAGCUAGGUUGUCUUCCAGAAGAGAUAGGUCAGCUAAAACACUUAAUGGAACUGGAUGUCAGCUGUAAUGAAAUCACAGCAUUACCACAGCAGAUAGGCCAACUGAAAUCCUUAAAAGAACUGAAUGUCAGAAGAAAUUACCUCGAAGUUUUACCCCAAGAACUAAUACAGCUUCCCUUGGUAAAGUUCGACUUUUCCUGCAAUAAAGUACUUGUGAUUCCAAUUUGUUUUAGAAAGAUGGUGCAGUUACAAGUAUUACUGCUUGAGAAUAAUCCUUUGCAGUCUCCACCAGCACAAAUUUGUACAAAGGGUAAAGUGCAUAUAUUCAAAUAUCUGACUGUACAGGCCUGUCAGAUUAAAACAGCAGACUCACUCUAUCUUAAUGCCAUAGAACAACAGCACUUGCCACAACCUGUGGAAGAGAGCAUUGAUGACAUCUACCCAAGUAAAAAGGACUCAGAUUCAGGUGUUGGUAGUGAUAAUGGUGAUAAACGUUUGUCAGCAACAGAGCCAUCUGAUGAAGAUACUAUCAGCUUUAAUGUUCCAAUGUCGGACAUCGUGGAAGAAGAUCAGGUUGUAAAGGAAGAUUUAGGUCACCGCACUAACUCAAGAAAAGUGGAAUUCCAUCACGGAUCUUCUCACUUGCUUGUCAAUGAUAAGUCAAGAGAAACAGAAAACCAGUUUGAUGAAUCGGAUACUCUUACUACUGAAUUUAUGAGUUACAUUAAG